AUGUUCAACUUCAAUUAAUAAUUCUAUGUAAUAUUUAAUUCAGAAUUUGAUAGAGAUGUUUAUAGAAAAACUCAUGCUAUGACAAUACACAUCUCCAAUCCAGAAAAAUCAUUCUCAUUUUAAUCAUAAUAAUCUGAAAGGAAUGAUACAAAUAGAAGGGCAACUUCUAAUAUUGUCAAUCCUAUUUAAAAAUAGAAUACAUUUUAAUAGUUUUCUUAUAUUACACAAAUAAUGUUGCCAGAUUAUGAGAAAAAUAUCAAUACUAUUUCAUUAAUAGAGUAAAAUAGAUAUAAUUUAUCCCAGAAACAAAGCCUAUUAGAUUUAACCUGAAAAAUAAGAUGAUCAAAAAUAAAAGAAAAAUCUUGAUUAUGGAGAAAGAUGGAUUAAUUAUAAUUUUGAAAAUGUAUAUAUUAAAAUCAUAUAAUAUUAAUAGCAUCCAAUUGAAUUAUAAUCUUAUGUUAUUAAUAUAUAAAUAGUGAGAUAAUAAGAAUUCUAUUAUUAUAAAAUUAGUUGUUAAGGUUAAGCUUCACCUUUAAAAUUUACUAUCAAUUAAUCUAAAUCAACUAAAUUUAAGAUAUUUUUAUCAACAACUAAUCCAUAUCCAUCAAAAUUUUCAUGUGAAUAAAUCUUCUAAGUCAAAACCUGGAAAUAUGAUUGUAAGGAUUCUCAAUUAUUUUAAUAAACUUUUAUUUAUAUUUCCAUGGUUUUCGCUUUAGAAAGCACCAUAAAAAUCUCAUUUUCAUUUGGCACUAAUAAAGGAAUAUAUAAUACAUAAUGGAAAAGCCCAUAAACUAAAAAAACAUAAAUCAAAUAAAAUUUAUCUGCUUCUUCUUAUUUUUUGAAUUAAAGAAAAAUAAAUCAAUUACAAAAAGGAAGAAAUUUAAUUUAAGGUAAUAUCUUAAAUGUAAGUAUAUAAAAUGAUGAAGAUUAUAAGUCUUAAAAAUUAUUAUAAAGAAAUUUACAAGAGAGAAAAUAUAAUGAAGUUAUUAAUAAGAGAAAAUAAUUUGAAAUAAAUACUUAAGGUUAAAAAUAGAUUAAUUAUUUUACAAAAGAAAUUAGUUAUUUAUUAAAGAAAAUUAAAUAAAAGAAGUAAUAAAAAUAUUUAGAUUAAAAUGGACACUUAAAAUAAAAGAUUUAAUUUGAGAUUUUUAGAUUGAUUGCUUACCUAUAAUGUUUAAGUUAAAUAUAUGAAAAACUAACACAUUAACGUUAAAUUAUAUAGAAUUUUUAAAAGAUUCAGGCCAAAAUAACAACUAUUUAUUUUAGAACCAAAAGAAAUAUUUGUAAAAUGAAAGGCUACUCCUUAUUUGGAAGAGUUCAUUUUGAUGUCAAAUUGUAAUGAUAUUUAUUUCAAUAUAAAGAUGUCUACAUAUGUUUACUAAAUAGAUAUAAAAGAAAGCUCGAAUCUAAAGUAUUAAUCUAAUUUAAUCUAUUUUAAAAAAAAGAUCAUUUUUAUGGAAUUUUCAAAAACAAAUUCAUCAAACUUCCAAAUAAUUAUAAUAUAUUAAAUAGUCUAUAUAUAACUUUAUAAUAAGAUAUAGAAUUUAUAGAUCUUUUUUAAGGUAGAUGUUUGAAAGACAUUUCGAUUAAUAAUGUUAAAUAUUCAUAAUAAAUAAAGAUCUUAAGAUUUAAUAAUGUUUUGAAUUUUGGCAUCGGAAAUCAAAAUAUUUGAUGUAUUAUUAAUAUCUCAGUAAACAAUUUGCUAUUAUUUAUGGAAGAUUGAAUCUAAAUAACUUUUUUUCAGUCUUACGAAAACAUAAAUAAACUAAGUAUCAAUAAAUAGGCUUUAAUCUAUUAUAAGAAUUUCAUUUAACUUUAUAUAAAGUUCCAUUAUAAUAAGACUUUUAGUAAAUAAUACCUAUCUUAUAUUAAUUAACAUAAAAUGAAGCAUCUUAAUAUUGCAAGGAUUCAUUUAGAAAACCAUUUAAUAAAUUAUAAUUUUGA